AAGAUUGGCAGCAGAUGCUCCCAUCUUGCUCUCGUGCUUCUGUGAUGCUCUGAAAUCGCUCAAAAAGAAAGAUCCAAAAGAACACUCCUCUCUCACAAAAAGAUACCCAGCCAGAUUCAUUUAUUCUUCCAUCCUGCUGGAAACAACACUCUUCUUGUACGUUUUGAACUAACUAUUUAUUCAAACCAAAUCCACCACCACCAUGGCGAACCGAGCGAACGACCCUCAGUUUGACUUCAAGGCGCCCGAAGAGAAUCGCCAAAAGUACGAACCCAAGAAAUGGGAGAAGAAAGCCUUCCAGGGUGUGUCUCCCAUGGACUUUUACGUUCGUCAAAACAACGAAAAGAAAAAGGUCAAGGAACGGGAAGCGGCAGAAAAGGCCGCCAGGUACAAGUACCAGGCCAAGGGUCUGUCGGACGAAGAAGCCUUUGCCAAAAAGGUCAAUACGCAGCAUGACAAGGAAAAACAAGCCGCACGCGAGGAAAUCGAACGCGCCAAGCAUGUCACCGUCACGGCCACGGCUGAAACCGAAAUUCGUAAGGAUCAAUUCGAUCGUGAUCAGGGUUGGAAACAAAAGCAGAGAGAACAAAAGGCCGAGAAUAACAACUUUGAUAUGGCCAGGAGUCUCUUUGGAGGAGCUGGAGAAGAAGAAGAGGAGGAAGAAGUAGAGGAGUAAAUCCGCGCUUGCCUUGCUUGCGUUGUUUGCUUGCAGGCUGAUCAAGUGUUUGUUUUGGUUUGCAACGUAUGUUUUUUAAAAGUGGUGCUUGGGAGACUUGGUCAGAUGGAUGGAUGGAUGGAAUGAAUAGACGAUUGGGAGAUUCUGUUUUGGUGGAUGCUCCACCAACAUUCAAGAGUUUCAUACGGGAGGUGAGAUAGAUCAUGAGAUCAGUAUUGUGGAAUACUUUCACUCUGUUGUUUUGCAUGCAUGCUGGAUAGUUUAGUUUAGUUGCCUUGAAGAACGUGAGGCUGCACUGGUGUAACUAUAUAAAAAGAUAAUUCAAUACGAUUGUCGUGGGUGGUAAAAUAAAUGGCUGUAUUC